GAGGCGAAAAUAUAUGUGGGGCACUCUGACAAACUCCGACAGUCAUUCUAGUUAUCAGGUAACUCGUCGCGAUUUUCGACGUCACUUCGUCUCUGUCACCGUCUUCGACAUAUCACUCGGCGCGCUUCUUCCCCACAUCAGCGAUAGUUGCGCCAAGCAGUGCGGCAGUGAGCACGCCAAACGGUCGCCAAACUUCAAGCGACCGGCCGACGUCAAACGUCCGUCAGACGUCAGACGGCCGUCAGACUCCAAACAGGCUCGAGGCGGCCCGAAAUCACCUCCUCCCGUGUAGAGAGGAAGAGGGGAAGGGAGGAAGUAGAGGGCACGGGAGAGCGAGAGGAGGGUCCUCGCACCGCACCACACUGCAUCGCACCGCACCGCAUCGCAUCGCCUUGCACCAUGUUACGUUUCACGUGAGCAGCAUGGCGGGCAGCAGCAGUGGUGGUGCGACUGGAGGGUUGGAGGGCGGGGAAUGGGGGCAGCCGCGGUGGGAGGGGGGAGGGGAGGAAGGAGAGGCACGGGUACAGGUGGAGCUGUGCUUUGACGUGGGGUCGCCCUACAGCUUCGUUGCUCUCGAGAUUCUGCUCAGGUACCAGCACCUGUGGCGCCUGCACCUGGUGCUGCGGCCCGUGCUGCUGGGAGCGGUCCACAAGGCCACAGGCAAUGCCAUGCCGUCUGCCGUGCCGGCUAGAGGAGCGUGGUUGCUGCAGGACAUCGCGCGCACCACGGCCUUUGCCCGCCUGCCCCGCAUCUCUCCUCCACCUGGCUUUGGUUCGCCGCGCUUCACCACCCUGCCCUGCCAGCGACUGCUCACCGCCCUGGCUCUGCAGCAGGGCCAUGACUCGCCGCAGCUGCCGGUGCUCACUCGCUCUCUCUUCACUGCUAUCUGGACCACACCAUCCGCUGCCCACUCCAUCUCGACCACCUCCUCAUCCUCAUCCUCCUCCCCCUCCUCCUCUUCCUCCCCCUCCUCCUCUUCCCCCCCCUCCUCCUCUUCCUCCCCCUCUUCCGCCUGUACACCUUCCCUUUCCUCCUCUGCCGCGCCUGACCUCGACCAUGCAGCUACCACAUCUCCUCCUGCUCCUUGUUCAAGCAUCCAUCCCCCUCGAACCGACAUCGCAGCGCCAGCCUUUCUCCGCCACGCCUGCUGCCAGGCUGGCAUUCCACCGUCACAGCAGGAGGCCCUCCUCUCUGCUGUUGCCUCGCCUGCUGUCAAGCACGCUCUUGCUGCCAGCACACGGGCGGCCAUAGAGAGAGGAGCCUUCGGCGUGCCCACUCUCUUUGUCGCCCCCACUGCUCGGCCCAUCCGCCUCGCCACAGGCGCCACCCUCUCCCCCUCCCACCGCCUCAUGUUUUUCGGCUCCGAUCGCUUCGAGCAGAUGGCAUGGCUGCUGGGGUUGCCGUGGCACGGGCCGUGUCCCCCACAAGCAUCGCUAUAGAGCAGCAGUGUUGUAAAGCUCCAGCGAGCCACAGGCGGCAGGCACCCUUUCGCCCUCCCACCACCUCACGCUCUUUGGCUCGUGUUGGUUCGAACAGACGGCAUGGCUGCUGCAACUGCCCUGGCACGGUCCUUGCCCCUUCUAGCAAUGCUGUGGAGUUAGGGCUCUGCUUGGGAAGCAGGAGAGCUGGAGGGGAGGGGGGGUUGGAGGAAGGAGUUAAGGCAGGCGGUUGGACCAAGGCAGGUGUUGAAAGGUGUCUCUCGCAGUGCAACAGCCGACCACCCUGUAUGUAGACGCUGCGGUGUCUCAAGUAUCGUGCAGAACAAGUCGUCGCAGUGCUCUCUGCAGGUUAGCAGCCGUGCUUGGUUUGGGUGUGUAUGGUGAUAUGAACCACCUCGAUUCGUGCUUUGUCUAUUGUGCUUCCAAGCUGAGAGCAUGCUGAGCCGAAAGCCACUGUAGGCAGUGAGGUGAAAGCUCAAUGACACGAGUCAUUGAGGUGAGGCGAAAAGCUGCCCUGAGCAGAGAACGUGCUUAGAUUGAUUUUGUUAUGUACCAACCAAUGCAGAUCAAAUCACGC